AUGGCGUCCAGUGGCGCCUCGAGCGGGACCUCCUCCAGCCUCGCUCCGGAGGAGAAGGGCGCUGCCGAGCCCAGUCAGAGCAGAUCUGCGAACGCGCACAGCACAGCGAGCAUCAUCUUUUCAGAGCCUUCGCACCGGCGACACGGUCGGCUGAACUUCCAUUGGGUGCUGCGGCUGAAUCAGCGCGCCGUGCCGGCGCUGCGCGUCCUCACAAACUGGAAGGUCGAGACGUACAUUCAGGAGCGGAGAGCGGCCGGGUGCGUCUCGAGCCGCGACCGGCUCUACCGGUUCCUCGCCUCGCCGACGUCGUCCGGCAACGCGCUGAUGUUUGCGCUGCUCAUCCUCGCCGUCUCGUUCGCCUCCAUCAUCACCUUCGGCGUCGAGUCUCACCAGCACUCCAAGCAGGUCUCGUCGGCGCUCGAGCUGUACGGCGAGAAUGCGACCGCCAUCGAGGAGCACCUCGGCAGCCUCACGCCGCCGUACGAAGAGCCGCUCUUCGCCUGGAACUGCGUGCUGGCCGCCAUGUUCACCGCCGAGCUCGCGCUGCGCCUCGCCACCUACCCCACCCCGCUGCGAGACUCGGAGUUGUGGGUCGAUGCUCUCGCCCUGCUCCCGCUGAUCCUCCGCAUCGCCUGCGCCUCCACCCCCGAGGGGGACCUCUUCUACGAGUCCGCGCUAGAGAUGCACAUGCUCGGCUGCCGCAUCCUCGGCCAGACCCUGACCGAGUCCUUCACCGCCCUCCUCAUCCCAACCUACUUCCUCUUCAUGCUCGUCACACUCUUCGGCGACUUGUGCACGCACCUCCCUCCUCCCUACCCCGUCACCGCACGCUGCUGUUCGCGCUCGAGUACGCCCCGCACGCACUCUGCCGCCGGCGACCAGCAGCGGCCCAUGUACGACCCCUACGCAGAGCGGGACGGCCCUCGCGUCCUCGACAUCCCCACCGCCUGGUACCUCAUCCUCGUCACGAUGGCCACCGUCGGGUACGGAGACUUCUCGCCGCAGACCGCCGGCGGCAGGAUCCUGAUGGGGCGCGCGCGUGAGCUCGCCCUGAUCGCCGAGGAGAUCAAGCUGAGGCUGCUGUGGCGGGGGCGCAGCCUGCACGACGUGCUGCAGGCGUUUGAGGACUUUGACUCGGACCGCGACGGCAGCCGCACCUGCCCCGAGGUUUGGCUGGCCGCUGCCUUUUGA